GUACACGGAGAAAAGAGGGAAGGAAAGAGACAUUUCUCUUUGACAGUCCACUGAGGCAGCAGCAAUGCAUCAGCUAGUGUACAUUACAAUGUUUCUAGCCUCCUUUGGAUCCUCAGUCAGAGGAUACAGACCCUAUAAGUCGGUACUUACUGUUAGUAAUGGUGGACCCUGGGGCACAUGGGGCGAGCCUGAAAUGUGUCCACCAGGCUACUACGCUGCAGGUUUCAGUCUGAGGGUUGAAUACCCAAUAAGUGGGGACGACUCCGCACUGAAUGGAAUUCGUCUGCACUGUGUCAACACACCCAGCGGCAAAGCAUGGAAUUCACACUUCGCCACAGUGAAGUCUGACGCGGGAAGCUGGGGUGUAUGGACAGAACCAAAAUACUGUCCAUCUGGGAUGCUGAUAAGCUUUCAGCUCCGUGUUGAAGGUCACCAAGGAGAUGGCGACGAUACAGCUGCAAACAACAUAAAGUUCCAGUGCAGUGGAAUUCAACUAGAGCUUGUCGGUGAGGGCACGUCCUGGGGUGAAUGGGGCGGCUGGAGUACGCACUGCAGAGGAAAGGGGAUCUGCGGCAUCCAGACAAAAGUAGAGCCACCGCAAGGGUCAGGAGACGACACCGCUCUCAACGACGUUAAGUUCUUCUGCUGCGACUGAGGUGCCGCCUGUCAUUUGAUCCAAGUUAAUGUGUGCCAAGAUGAAAACAAGAUGGAUCAUCUGUCCGCUUCUCUCUUCUCUCUCUCUGUCUGUCUGUUCUUUUUUCUGAAUGUGCAAUGCUUUCCAAAAUCAUUCUGAAUAAAUAUAUAUAAAAAACUCA